AUGGAGUGCCUACAUGACUUGUAUGCUGGAGUCAUCUGUCAGCCCAGAACCAGGCUGGUGGGUGGCAUCAACUCUUGUUCUGGACGGGUGGAGGUUCUUUACAAUGGAACAUGGGGAACCGUGUGUGAUGAUGACUGGGAUCUGUCUCAAGCUGCAGUGGUGUGUAGAGAGGUGGGCUGUGGGGGUGUUAUUGAGGCAAAGAGUUUUUCUUAUUUUGGACAAGUUUCAGGACAAAUAUGGAUGGAUGGUGUAUACUGUUUUGGAAAUGAGUAUGCAUUGAGCAAAUGUGAACACUAUGAAUGGGGAGUAAAUGACUGCGAUCAUUCAGAGGAUGUUGGAGUCGUCUGUCAGCCUGUUUUAAGGCUGGCAGAAGGCAUUGAUGCUUGUUCUGGAAGAGUGGAGGUUUUCCACAAUGGACAAUGGGGAACCGUGUGUGAUGAUGACUGGGGUGUAUCAGAUGGAGCAGUGGUAUGUAAAGAGAUGGGCUGUGGGAACAUUAAAGUAAUAACAUUUGGUGCUUAUUUUGGAGCUACAUCAGGACAAGUAUGGAUGAACAAUGUGAACUGCACUGGAGAAGAGGCAGCUUUGAGCACCUGUGCGUUUCAGGGAUGGAGAACUCAAUGUUCUUUUGCCAGUCAUGCCGGAGUCAUGUGUGGCCUCCCUGUCAGGCUGGUUCAUGGUAAUAGUCUUUGUUCUGGACGAGUGGAGGUUCUUCAUGACGGUCAGUGGGGAACCGUGUCAGAUGAUGGCUGGAAUCUAACAGACGCUGCAGUGGUUUGCAGAGAACUGGGCUGUGGAGAUGUUAUAGAGGUGAAAGGUGGUGCUUAUUUUGGACAGGGAUCUGGUCCAGUAUGGAUGGAUUCUGUUGAUUGUUCUGGAAAUGAGUCUUCACUAAUAGAGUGUAACAUAGAUCACUGGCAGCACUACAGCCUUGAUCACCUGCAUGAUGCUGGAGUCAUUUGUAGUGAGUCCUUUUCCACAUCUGGAGAGCCUGUCCAGCGCUCAGAUACAAGAGUUAGGGUCCUGUUGAGGAUUGAGGUGCAGACCGACCCCAUGUUUGACCCAAAUGAUCCCAGGACCAUGAGUAAACUCUCAGAGGAGAUUGAGAAGAAGCUGUACAUUAGCAGACCGUUCUCUCUGACUUGGAAAACUCAAAAAGAUGGAGAAGUCUUCCAGGAAGUUUCCCAGAAAAAAAAGCCAGCAAGAAAAUGUAACUGACAUACUGAAUAAUUUAUUUUUGUUUUAAUGAAAUUGUAAUUUUAAUGAGAUUAAAACUGUUAAACAUGUAAAUGAAUUCCCUAUUAAAUAAAUAAAAUGUAAUACCAUAAUAUUUUAAUAUAUAAUGCAUACACUUAAUUAUUUUUAGCACAAAUUUCUUACAGUGUAGUUGAAUGUGUCCUAUUCACUCAAGCUAUGUAAUUAGCAAUAUUAAACAAGCAAUGAAGUCAUUAAAAUAUCAAAGGAUGUCAGUGUUAUGCUCUGUAUAUUUUUUUAUAAUCAUGUUGUGUUGUUUUGAGAUGAAUUAGUUGUCAUUUGUUUGUAACCAAAAGCCAUCUUUUAGGCAAAUUGCAAAAGGGAAAAUUUACAUUUGGUACAUUAUCUUGUCCACAUAACCAGUGCUUGGUAAUGCUCUUCGCACACUUUCUUACGACCAACAUAUAAAAUAUAAUUACCAUUUUUACCAUAUUUAUACCAAUUACCAUAUUUUAGAUUGUUCUAAAGUUUUGUCCUUUUCUAGAGGGACACAGUUUUGAACCAAAAAUAAAUUAAAUGCUUUAUUUUGGCUUGGGCAGAUAAAAAUGUGUAAUAAAAAUAAGUGUGUUAAUGUAAUACUGAUGUAUUGCUGUAUAAUGUAUUGUGAUUUUUUUACUCAGCUUAGUGAUCUAAGAUAUUAUUUCUGCUAAAAUGCGAAAUUUUUAUAUUGUCACAGUAACUUUUUUUUCGUCGCUAAAAAUGAUUUUCCUUUUAAUGCGCAUCACUUCCUCUCCGCUCCACAAGGCGGCGCACCCGGGCUUUCAUUCAGCUUGACUUCCUCGGCUGCUUGAUGACGGGCACAGCAGCGACAACACGAGCUGCUCCUGCAGAUUAUUUUGGUGUUAAAAUGUCUUUUUAACAGCACAUAUUUCAGCUCAAUUGCAUACAAAACUGAAACGAAGUCACCUAACAAGCGCUGAUCUGAAGAUUGUAAAGCUGUGCUGGUGGACAGACCGUCCAAACACAUAACCGCUGCUGGCCGUGACUCCGGAAGCUCCAGGGGGAGACUGUAACUGUCUCCCCCUUCUUCAGGCGCUGCUUCACACACUGUCCCUCCUCACACACACACACACACUCCAGCAUUCACCCGUAACGCAGAGACCUGGCCGGGAUUGAACCAGCAACCUCUGAACCGUGAGGCGGUGCUCUUACCAGUGAGCCACAGGUCUCUUGUUGAAGAACGUGAAGGAACUUAUAUUUGACUGUUGAUUCAAUACUGAGUUCUCAAUAAAGAUAUUUGAGUGACUUUAA